AUGGUCCGGUCUGCAAGUCCAGCCUCGUCGUCCGAACCGCGCUCGCGCCCUGCCUCUGCCCAAGAUGCCGAAUCCGCCGAGUUCAAUGCCGACGAUGUCUCGGUCGAAGUGCUCGUCAAGCACCUGCUCGCGGCGAAGCAGUCGCUCUCGUCGAUGACGCUCGUCCUCCGCGCCAACGACCUCGCCACACAUGCACGGCAGAUGCACGAGGAGGCGGUCGUACUGAAUGCGCAGGCUGGAUUCGUGCGCCAGGGCAUCUCCGAGCAGCUGCGCAUCUUGAGGCAGGUGCGCCGCGGCAUGCUGCGCGCCCGUGACGGCGGCCGCCGCGAGUUCACCCAGCUUAUCCGCACCCUCGACAGCGCCAACAGCAAGCUCGAGCAGACAAUGGCCGUGCUGCGGGAUACGGUCGUGGAAAGUGCCUUCCGGCCGGCCGGUGAGGAAAAAAAGUGCCUGAUGGACUUUGUCGACGAGAAGAGCGUGGAUACCAUGCGCGAUGCGCUGAAGACGAGCCUCGCAGAGCUGCAGGCUAUCCAAACGUCCUUUGACGGCGACCUCCUCCGCUUCGAGACCGACCUCCGUAACCUCACCAAGGCCAUGACAGCAGCCACAUCCACGGCGUCGCCGUCGUCUUCUUCUACCCACCAGGAUAUGUCCCACCUCCUUGCCGACCUCGUAGACCAGUCUGGUGCCAUGGCCGAGCAUCUCGCUUCGCUCAAUAGGCACUUCGACAUGUGCGUGACGGCUGUUCGGACAACGGAGGGCGGCGCAGCCCUGGCGCGCCGUAGGGCGGCCGAGGUAUCAGAGGACGGCAACGGCGUGUCCAUAUCCGGCAUCAUUGCCGAGCAAGACUCGCAUAUAGCAGAGCUGGAGCCCAUGGACCCGCGCGAGCGGGCCGAGAUUGUGCAGGUGGUGAUGCAGGACGCUCCUGAGGUGGACGACGUCACGGCCGAUAUCCAGGCCAUGCUGCAGCGGCUCGAGUACGGCUUCGGGACGCUGAAGGAUCAGGCGGACCACAUCAAGGCUGUCUACACCAGCACAAUCGCCGGGUUCCAGGUUCUAGAGGGCCUUGGGUCGCGGCUGCAGAGCUACGUGGACUCGGAGACCGAGUUUGUGGACCGCUGGGAGAACGAGAAGGACAUCAUCUUCUCCAAGCUCGAGGAGAUGGACGGACUGCGGUACUUCUACGACGGCUAUGCCAGCGCGUACGGCAGCCUGCUGCUCGAGGCAGAGCGGCGGCGGUCCGUCGAGGACAAGAUCCAGAACGUCUGGCGCAAGGCUAAGGAGACGGUCGACAAGCUCAUCGACACAGACCGCAAGGAGCGCGAGCACUUCCGCCAAGAGGUUGGCGAGUUCCUUCCAACCGACCUGUGGGUGGGUAUGAACAGCCCGCACAAGCGCUGGGAGGCGGUACCCGUGGAUGACCCAAUCGGAGAGGGCGACCUGAGCACGCCAACGCUCAGCAAGGCAGCCAUAACGUACCGGGAUUUGGGCGUGGCUUAA